AUGCCUUUGGCCAAUGCCACCGAUCCCUGGCGAAUGCAGAGUGUUGGAGAUGUCACACGUGGAAUUACAUCCCAGACUGUCAACAGUCUUCCAAUGGUUGUUGAAAAUCUAGCAGAGUCUCGACAGACUUCCACAACUGAAAGUAGUGAAUCGAAUGCCUCAAAUGUAGAUCAAAAUUAUGAAAGGGAAGUUGAAUUACAAGAUGUUGUCAAAGAAGGUCAUGAGAAGGCAGAUCCUUCUCAAUUUGAAUUACUCAAAGUUCUUGGUGAAGGUUCCUUUGGAAAAGUUUUCUUAGUACGAAAAGUCACUGGUCCAGAUACUGGUACUCUUUAUGCUAUGAAGGUUCUAAAAAAGGCAACACUGAAGGUUAGAGACAGAGAGCGCACAAAAAUGGAAAGAAAUAUUUUAGUAGAAAUGGGUCAUCCGUUUAUAGUUAAACUUCAUUAUGCAUUUCAAACUGCAGGCAAAUUGUAUUUAAUAUUAGAUUUCUUAAGAGGUGGUGAUUUGUUUUCCAGACUCAGUAAAGAGGUUAUGUUUACAGAAGAAGAUGUUAAGUUUUAUUUAGCAGAAUUAGCCUUGGCAUUAGAACAUGUGCAUAAAUUGGGAAUAAUAUACAGGGAUCUAAAGCCAGAGAACAUUUUGUUAGAUGCAGAUGGACACAUAGCCCUUACAGAUUUUGGUCUUUCUAAACUACCUCCGACUGAUAAAGCAUACAGUUUUUGUGGUACAGUUGAAUAUAUGGCACCAGAAGUUGUUAAUAGAAAAGGACAUACGAUGGCUGCUGAUUGGUGGUCAUUCGGAGUUCUUAUGUUUGAAAUGUUAACGGGAAAUCUACCAUUUCAUGGGUCUACAAGACAUGAAACUAUGACACAAAUUCUCAAAGCAAAGCUUGGAAUGCCUUCUAAUUUAAGUGAAGAAGCACAAUCACUUUUGCGUGCAUUAUUUAAACGGAAUCCACACAAUAGAUUAGGUGCUGGUCCAAAUGGCAUAGAAGAUAUAAAAAAUCAUGAGUUCUUUGCAAGCAUAGACUGGGAUGCAUUGUUGAGGAAAGAGGUGAUCCCUCCAUUCAGGCCGGCAGUGUCUCGCGCUGACGACGCGUUCUACUUCGACUCGGAGUUUACAUGUCGCACCCCGCGGGACUCCCCCGGCGUGCCCGCGUCUGCUAAUGCACAUGAAUUGUUUAGAGGUUUCAGUUUUGUGGCGCCUUGUCUUUUGAACGAGGACGACAAUAAAACAGUCACAAAUCAAAACCAAAAUAACGCCACACAAACAAAAACAUCGACUGAGGAGUUUUGGGCGGGAUUCGUCAAUAGGAAUAAUUUCUUUGAUGAAUACAGAUUAAUGGGUGAAUUAGGUACUGGAUCGUUCUCAGUAGUGCGUCUUUGCGAGCACAAGACGAGUCGCACUCAAUACGCAGUUAAAAUUAUGGAUAAAUUACAAUAUGAUCCCAGGGAAGAAAUUGAAAUUUUAUUAAGAUACAGCCAGCACCCUCACAUAAUCACGCUGCGCGGUGUGUACGCGGAGGGCGGUCGCAUUCUGGCCGUGACGGAGCUGUGCCGCGGCGGCGAGCUGCUGGAGCACAUCACGCGGCGGCGCGCACUGCCCGAGCGCGAGGCGGCGCCGCUGCUGCGCAACGUGCUGCAUGCCGUGCACUAUCUGCAUCGGCACACCGUUGUGCACAGGGACAUCAAACCCUCGAACAUACUGUUCGCGACAGCGGAACGUAAGGCGGCGGACGUGCGGCUGGUCGACUUCGGCCUCGCGAAACAGUUGCGGGCCGAGAACGGGUUGUUGAUGACGCCCUGCUACACCGCCAACUUCGUAGCGCCCGAGGUGCUGAAGCGCGCGGGGUACGACGCCGCCUGCGAUAUAUGGAGUUUAGGUGUUUUGGCGUACAUAAUGCUUUCGGGUAGAACGCCGUUCGCGUCAACGGGAGACGAUACACCUGAAGCCAUUUUAGCCAGAAUUGAAUCUGGAAAGGUGGAGAUGUCGUCCGGCACAUGGCGCAGCGUCUCCCCCGAGGCGCGCUCCUGCAUCCGGCGCAUGCUGCAGCUGGAGCCGGCGCAGCGGCCGCGCGCGCACGAGCUGCUGCGCGAGGCGUGGAUCUGCCGCGAGCACGCGGACGCGCCCGCCGACGUGCAGCACGACGCGCCCGAGCCCACGGCGGACUUGAGGCGCGCCGUCGAUCUCACUUACCAGGCAAUGACAUCAGCGCCGAUCACACCGCACAUAUUAGGACCUGUCACACAAUCAACACUAGCGCAACGUCGAAUUAAACCACAACGUCGAUUCCCGCCCACGCAAGUA